AUGGAUGACGGCUACGGGAGCUUGGCGAGAGCAAUUGAUUUCACUCUCUCAAACCAAAUUAAACGACGAUCGUCGACUCAAAAUCAGGAGCACCGUUCUGCCACUAGUUCCCUUUCCACUCCCCCUCCACCCAGCGAGGAGCUUUCUUCGCCCGGCCUUUGCGUCCGCAGGUCGCAUUCCAUUGGCACUGUGGCUGGAGCCAUGGUCUCCUUACCCAGCCCAACUAAGAACGGUGGCUUCAACCUGAGUCAGAAACCCACAGUUCCUGCUGCUAUAAUCUCGUCUGCUCGAAACUCCUUCUCUAUCGUGGCUGGUGAAGAAAGCUCGUUUCAAUCCUCCCCUGCUGUCUCUACGGCGGCUCUCUCGGACAUCGAUUUCGAGUCAACAGCAAGACCUUCCACAGUUUCAUGUUUCAGCUCCCCGGCCACGUCCCGACGCUUAUUAGGACCCGCAACACCGUUGGCUUUGGCGACACUCCAUCGACAUUCGCAGGCUUCGAGGCGAUCCAGUUUACUCGAUAUUCCUGCCAAACAACUGGCAGAACAAAUUACCUACCUAGAAGCAGCGAAAUAUGGCCGUUUGACCGUGAGUUUGGGUUUUGCCUUAUGA